AUGUAUGCAGAACGGCAGUUGGCCUACGCGCCCACUCCGUACAGUUAUACACCGACUUCAACUCUAUCAGCCACCAUCAAUGUCGACGAAGAGCUGAAACUUGCCAACAACAGUGCUGAACGCGACCUAUAUGAAUCUCUGGCCGAGAUAUACAGCAUCAUUGUCACCCUGGAAGCACUGGAAAGGGCCUUCCUCAAAGAUUCUGUCUCCGAAACGGAUUAUACCGACACAUGUAGCCGUUUGUUGAAGCAGUACAAAUCCAACCUUGCAGAUGACUCGGUCGCAAGAGCCUUUGGAAGCCUCGAGUCUUUCAAGUUGGAAUGGAAUCUGGAAGUUCCUCGUGCCACCGAUCGUCUGAAGAUUGGUCUACCAGCUACUGUGGAAGCUCCCUCUCGUGCACCCGGUGCUCCUUCUGGCGGUGGAGCAGGUGCUGCUGCCACUCAUAUCGUUUCGGCUUCCGAAAACUUCAUCACCCUGUUCGAUGCCAUCAAGAUGAACAUGCUCUCCAAGGACACGCUUCACCCUAUCCUCGUCGAAACCAUUCAAGCUGUCAACAAAGUCACGGAUCGCGAUUUUGAGAACAAGGCCAAAAUAGUACAAUGGCUCAUCACUCUCAAUCAGAUGCGUGCCGCUCAAGACCUUUCCGACGAACAGGCUCGUGAACUCCAAUUCGACAUGAAUCUGGCUUAUGAUGGCUUCAAGGCGACACUCGAUUGUGCAGCAGAGCGUCACCUGCAACGAUCAACCAAAAUGUCCGAUUCUUCCUCCAAAGACGCUCCGUCGCAGCAGUCAGACCACGAAGAAGAGGUUCUAGACGUGCUCGAUCUCCCGCAGAUCUACACCAAGCCUUCUUCCAAACAGCUACUAGACACAUUGUCCUUGCUCAGCCUCGAACCUCAAUCAUGGGACAAGACAGCCACACAAUCUAAACCCAAAGUCCGCUCCAACGGUGUUCCCCAAUAUCUUACACGGAUCGUGUCAAGCCCGUUGACCUGGAUUGAAGAUGAUGCCGAGAAAGAGAAGAUCUGGGAUUCGGCUUCGCUACGCCUGAGCGAGAGAUCUGGUCGCACUGGGAUGGGUGCUAUCAGUCGUUCCUUCCGCAUACCUCUGUCUGCCGAGACAACCAACAGCUCCAGCACCAUGAAGCCUGUCAUUACCACAUCAGACGAGCAAGACACAAACAUAGACGUCAAGAUCCACGAACCAGCCCUUACUGAAGAUAACCUUGGUCUCAAGACGUGGGCGUCAUCUUUCGUUUUUGCUCGCAACUGGCACAAUCUGCGUGAUCGCAUACCUUUGGUGUUUGGCAAGGACAAGAACGCGACUAUACUGGAGCUGGGCGCAGGCACUGGUCUUGUUGGCAUUGCAGCCGCCGCUGUGCUAGGUGCACAAGUACUCUUGACCGACUUGCCUGAGAUUGUACCCAAUCUAGAACGAAACAUCGCUUCAAACAAAGAAACGAUUGAAUCGAGGAAUGGAUCUGCCCAAGCAGCCAUGCUUGAUUGGACGGCGCCGGAGAAAAUCAUCUAUCCCGAGGACUCCGAGGGUAAACGACCACUGGUUGCAGAGGCGGAGAGCUCAAAAUACCCUCUUGUUGUUGCUGCCGAUCCGAUUUACUCAAAGGAACACCCGGCAUGGCUUGUCCAAACGAUAAACUGCCAUCUCGCUCGCGGUCCUGAUGCACGCGUCUUGAUCCAAAUCCCGAUCCGUGAAGCAUAUGCUGAAGAGCGUGCCGAUCUGAAAGACCGCAUGGUCAAGAUUGGUCUAGAAAUCUGUCAUGAACAAACGGAGAUAGGCUACGACGAUUGGAGUGAUGGACAAGGUGAAGAGCUGAGUGAGGUUGAGUGCUGGAUGGGUAUGUGGAAGUGGAAGGAUGCAUAG